AUUUUUAUUCAUAGUUAAUUCGUUCAGCUGAGGCGAUUUCAUGCCAGAAUGCAGUGCUCAAACAAGAAGGUCGAUUGCACUGCCUGUGGCACGCAUAUGCAUGGUGCCUGCCCGGCAGAUCGGCUGCUGCGACAAAGAGCCAUGAACCACCCCAGACAUAUGGGCAAGAUAAAGAAGAGGCUGGAGGACAUCAAGAACCUGUCCCUGAAGCUGACAAAAGUGGACUUCAGCCACAACGAAAGCAUAAGAUUGGCCACCGACGCCUUCUUGGAUGGUGGGAGAGACUCUUACCUCGAAACUCUAAGCAAAGAGGGUGAGGUGGAUUUCCUCUCCUCGGUGGAAGCUCAGUACAUCAAGGAUAACGCCAGGGAGUCUUACUAUGCACAGGAGUCCCCAGGUGCCGACGGGGCAGCCGCGCCAAAGCAGAACGACGCCGGGUCACUGCCUUCGGGAACCUACUUCCCCACCAUUUCUGACAGCAGUGAGCCAGCUCUGCUCCACACAUGGAUUACAGCAGAGAAACCCUAUUUAAAGGAAAAAUCCACCGCCACUGUGUAUUUCCAAACAGAGAAGAACAGCAACAUUAGAGACAUCAUACGCCGGUACAUCCACAAGACCACUCAGGUGUUGGCUAUCGUGAUGGAUGUGUUCACAGACACUGAGAUUCUCUGUGACCUCCUGGAGGCAGCUAACAAGCGCAUGGUCUUUGUGUACCUGCUGCUCGAUCACGGCAGUAUAGAUCUUUUCUCGGAGAUGUGUGACAAGUUGCAAAUUUCUGAGGAUCUCUUCAAGAAUAUUUCAGUCCGCAGUGUUACUGGAGAGGUUUACUGUGCCAAGUCAGGCAGGAAAUUUUCAGGACAAAUUCAAGAAAAAUUUCUUAUCUCUGACUGGAGAUAUGUGCUCUCUGGAUCUUACAGCUUCACGUGGCUGUGUGGGCAGGUUCACCGCAACCUCCUCUCCAAGUUCACGGGCCAGGUUGUGGAGCUGUUUGACGAGGAGUUCCGGCACCUGUACGCGCUGUCCAAGCCCGUGCGGGGCGCCAAGACCCCGCCGCGCGGCCUGCCCUUCCUGUUCAGCCGGAGCUGGAACCCCCCGCGCAGCCUCCCCUGCAGCGACGAGGGCAGCGCCAACACCCUCUCCGACGCCUUCAGCAGCCUCUCGGCUGGGAGCACCCACCAGAGCAAGCAGACCCCAAGAACUCUCGUGUUCAACAGCAACUUCACCCCCCAGUCACCUCUGCAGCGAGUCAAUUCCUUCCACAGCUAUGUCUCAUUCACUCCCCCGCCUCCACAGAAGGCCAUCCAGCCCAAUUACUAUCAGCCACACUACAUGGCUGAAAACUCCACAGUUCCCUAUAACAACAUGAACAUUUACAGACCUAUAAGGCUCAGGCAAGAGGAACCGAACAGGACAGGGUUAAGCUCAUCCUGGAGAUGCCUCCACAAAGCUAACCUGUUUGCAUAAUAACCACCUUGUUUGGAAAUGCAAGUAAAUGCACUGAGGACCUGUUUAGCAAUCGCUUGUGUACUGAUGAAUAUAGAAAUUCUGUAUAAUACAAAUGAGGAUGAUUUCAAGCCUCUUGUUUUGCUGCUUAUGGAUGCUUCAUUUCCCUGAUUAAAAAGCCAAGGCUGCUAAUGUGUGAAUCUCAGGUGCAUCAGGAUCCCAGGAAGAACACAUCUGAGUAGUGCUACUCGCAGUGCAGCACUGCUGCUGCCUGUCACCUGCCCCUGGCAGCAUAUUUGCGUACCAGAAGGACAGUAACUGUUUUUCUUAUGUCCAGGCAACUGAAAGGGGGUAAUACACAGUUUACUACUCUGCAUUUUGUGCACUUGAAUAAGGAGACUGAAGGCUGCUGUUUCCGUGGCAU